UAUAUUCACUGUAGUUUCAUUAUUCAAGACCAAAGCUCUUAUUUUCUCUCAAAGCAACCAACUUCAAUUCAAUUCAAAAGUAUGGCUCCCUGUGGAGAGAGUUUCUCAAACCCUAAUUUGUGUAGGAACAACAUUGCGAAGCCACCGAAGCAGUCACUAUGUAAUAAUAAUCAUAUUCAACGGACCUUCUCAGACAUCUCGUUCGAGCUGGCGAAAGAAGAGAUCAAUGAUUUGAAGACACUUACACCAAUAAGUGAGGUAGAGGAUGCAAAGUGCGAGUGUUGUGGCAUGUCCGAAGAGUGCACGCCGGAGUACAUAGGCCGCGUUCGCGCCAAAUUCUCCGGCAAGUUUGUGUGCGGGUUGUGUUCGGAGGCGGUGAAGGAAGAGUUGGAGAAGAACGGAGGGAAGAAGGAGGAAGCACUGAACUCACACAUCAAUGCUUGUGUUAGGUUCAACAAGUAUGGUAGGGCUUUCCCUGUUUUGUUCCAAGCUGAAGCCAUGAAAGCCAUGCUGAAGAAGAACAAAAUGGAAGGGAGAAGGGCUAAGUCCUUUAACCCUAGGGACACCAACAAUGGACCAAAGAUAGGAUCCAUUGCAAGGAGUUCAAGUUGCAUUCCUGCAAUCACAAGAGAGAUCAAUGAUCUCACUCUUGCAAAUUAAUUAUGUUCUUUAACGGUUUUUGACUAUCAAUUUAGAAAAAGUAGUAAUUGAAAAAUUAAUGUAUUUUAGACAAUUUGUCUAUAUACAUAGAAUUUUCAAUGAACUACUUUUUCGUCCUAAUUAAGGGGAACAUGGUUAUGUACUAUCUUUGUUUACCUGUUCCCUAUAAUUUUCUCUCUGCUGACCGAUGUUUCAAUUUGUGUGUAAUGGGAAGAAGACCCAAGUCACCUUGAUUAUAAGGGUUUUUUUUCAGGUCUUUGAACCCAUGCAUACAUAAAUUAUAGUUUUUGGAAGUUGGUAUGUGGUGCCACUUCUUGUUUUUCCUUCUUUCUCUUUAGACUUGAGAGGGUUAUAGUCCAUGUUGCGUUUUAGGUCAUCAGGGUAUGCAUGUCUUUUAUUUCUUGUUUUAUCCAAUAAAUUAAAAUAAUAUGUAUAAUGUAUUCUGGAUAUUAUUGCCAAUCUUACAUAUAGCUCUUAUUGUGUAAUAAAUUCAAUUUGCUUAGCUUAUUGCACAUUGAACUAAUAAUAAUCCUCCCGCUUACUA